GUCCUCACGUUCAGCAAGGAACAGCGACGGCGUUUGUGUUUGGUUCAAUGUUUCUGUUUUGGGGCAUUUUUCAUUCCGAACGCUAUUUCUCUCGAUUGACACUCCCAGCCCAUCUGACGGCCAUGGUCCUCUCUUGACGCUUCCGAAUUUAAGGCGAAAGGGACCGGAUGUCGGGGAAAGACAACGACGUUGUCGUAAUUGACGACGACUCCGACGAGGACAAGUCGAUUCUGGAGGGAAUUCUGGCCAAUAUGAACCCGGGAGAAGGGGCCUGCGCCGGUACCGAAGACCUCUCGGACAACGAGUUCCAUACCAUCUUCAACGAGUGUUUUCCAGACGAGACGAUAUGCAUAGUCGACAGCGACGGCGAAGACCCGGAGCCGCCCAAGGCGAAAUGCGCCAACACAACCUGCCAAAACCGCGGCCAGCUCGUCAAACCGCUCAAAUCCGUCCAGGCUCUCUAUCAGAUCCCGAACGGCAGCCAAAACCACAUCUGCGUCGCUUGCGACAAGAGCGGAAAGGCGAUGAUUAUGGAACGAGUCGUCAAAUUAAAAAAUGGCGAAGCUCUAUUUGAUGGUGAAUUUCCACGGGUGGACCCUGUAGUUGUGGUGGAUGCUGAGGAAGAGGAGGGAGCAGGCUCAUUAGAUCCUACACUGGAAGCACCAUUGUCAUGUUUGAUUGAUAGCAUUAGUCAGUCGUUGUUUCAGAAGAUUGACCUCAAAAAGCAAGUUAAGGCAGCAAAUGAGUGGCUAGAUAAUAAAACUUCACAAGUUUUAGAGAAAGUGAAACAAUGUCAAAGGGAAAUGAAAGAAAUCGAUUCAGGCCUUUAUACGUCUAUGCAAGAAUUGUAUGAAACGUACAGACCUGUUACAAAGGAAAUGCCUUCAAUCGAUGUAGCAGAUGUACCGAACGUGCAAGUACAUUCCUCAGUCACACCAACUGUCACACGAUAUGCUGGUAAUAAGAGAUACUCUCAAAGGACUGUCCCUCAGAGAAACAUAAUUCAGGAUAGAAAAAUGGCAAUAAAAAGUACCGCAAAUACAUUUAGGUAUAUAAAGUUGAUCGAUCCUUCAAAUAAACCAAUCCCAAAAGUGGGCGACAAGUUUUUCGUUGAGAAAAGGAGCAUACAAGGUUAUAAAGAGUGGGUGCCUGCUACUGUUGAUAAAAUACUGAAAACAGUCAUAAAUGGAAAGUAUGAAGACAGGUAUAAAGUGAAAGUGGAAAACAUGAACGAUUCCGAACUCAAUCGAGAAGAAAUUGACAGCUCCCGGUUAGCGUAUUACUACCCUUGUAAUCUGAAGUUGGACAUAGGCUCUCGUGUCAUAGCUCCUCACUCUGUAAAUCAAAACCAUAGAAUGAAUUACCAGUCUGGAAUCGUAGCUGAACUGCCUACUCGAUUAAACAAAUAUAGGUAUUUGGUAUUCUAUGAUCGAGGUGCAAGUGUCUAUGUUCCAUCGAAUGAAGUCAGAUACGUUCUUGAUUGCAAGAAGCAACCUCAUGAAUAUUUUGAUGUGGACAGUCAAGAGUUUAUCAGAUCCUAUCUUACCUCAUUUCCAGAGAGGCCUAUGCUUAGAGUGAAGCCUUUAGAGAGGGUAAAAACAAGAUUCAGAGGAGUGUGGUUUAAUGCCAGAGUGAUUGAAGUGGACGCUUCAUUAAUAAAAGUGUUAUUCUUAAACAACGGUCAUUCAGAAUGGAUAUACAGGGGUUCUCCUAGAUUGUAUCCUGUUUUUGAGAAAAAACGUCAAAUCCAACAGGACACACCAACAGGAAAGAUUCGACAUCGAGGCACUACUGUUAACCAAAGCCAAGGGCCUUACAUCCAAUAUGAAGUGGUGUCAUCAGAUGAUGACAGUGAUACCUCAUCAGAGAGGUCCAUUACCAUCAAACGAGAAUCGAAUAUUUCUAGUGGUACUGUCAGAGCUGUGGCUAGAAAGAGCGUAACAAAACCAAAUUCUCACAUGGACCAUCAUUAUACGCAUCAUUCUAUACAAAGACGUACAAGUGAGAGGCGGUCGACCCGUUUAGACUAUGGCAAGAUUAUAAGAAAAUAUCCCCAAGGUAUUUUAAAUCCAAGAAAUAAUAGACCCCAUUCAUGUUCUCCUUAUUGUGUUAGUUGGGUAACUUCAGAAAAUAAGAAAAUUAAAGCAAUGAAUCCACUUGCUAUACCUUCUGUUUAUGCAUUCAAAAGAGACACUGAAGAUUCGAAUGUAACUUAUUUAUCUCCUUGUGGUAAAAAAUUGCGAAGUUGUGAAGAUAUUUUGACUUUCCUCCGCUUAACAAAACUGCCGCUGACAAUCGACUUGUUCGAUUUUGACCCGGCAAUAUCAAUUUUCGAUGAAUUCGUCGUUGCUCAGGAUUAUAUUCUCAUAGAAGAUGUAUCCAGAGGGAGUGAGAUUGUUCCCAUCCCGUGCAUUAACACUCACGAUGAUACCAUACCCGAUCUAAUGGAAUACAUGACUGAGCGAAGAGGUUUAGAAGGAGUUAAUCUCAACACCGAUCCUGGAUUCUUGUUCGGCUGCGACUGUACUGAUAAUUGCCAGGACAAAUCGAAAUGUGCCUGUUGGCAGCAGACAAUAAAUCAAGCGAGGUCGUUCAAUUAUCACUUGGAUCCUGAUAAAAUCGGGUACCAAAAUAGAAGACUUCCAGAGAUGUUACUAACAGGGAUAUACGAAUGUAACAGCACCUGCAAAUGCUGCCAAAAAACAUGUUUAAAUAGGGUUGUACAGCACCCUUUAAAAAUUAAAUUACAGUUGUUUAAAACAAAAAAGAAAGGUUGGGGUACCAGAUGUGUGAAUGAUAUACCAGCUGGGACAUUUAUAUGUGUAUAUGUUGGAAACAUACUCAACGAACAAUAUGCCAAUGAAACUGGACGAACCCACGGUGAUGAGUAUUUUGCCGAGUUAGAUUAUAUUGAAGUCUUAGAAGAGCACAAAGAAAAUUAUGAGGAAUUUCCUCCAGACUUUGAUGACGAUCCUGAAUGGCUUAGUAGUGAUGGAGAAAGAUCAAAUGAAAGGACUAUGAAACGGCCCAGGGAUAGAUGUGAAGGAAAUGAGGAUUCUAAUGAUAAUUAUGAUCAAUCCAAUUUUGCUAUGGAUAAUGAUGAGGAUAGAAAUAGAGAUUCAAAGCCUUCGGUUAGAUCUUACUAUGGCCCAUCGGAGUCAGUUUACAUCAUGGAUGCUAAAGUAGCCGGAAACAUUGGCCGGUAUUUAAAUCAUUCCUGUGAUCCGAACAUAUUCGUCCAAAAUGUCUUUGUUGAUACUCACGAUCUCAGAUUCCCUUGGGUAUCUUUUUUUGCUCUGAAGUACAUUCCAGCUGGCACCGAAUUGACUUGGAACUACGGAUACAAUGUUGACAGCGUUCCUGGAAAGAAACUCUACUGCUAUUGCGAGGCUGCCAAUUGUAGGAGGCGGCUGCUCUAGGGUUGCCUAAUUAGCGGAACAACUUGGAACACAAAUUUUGUGUGUAUGUUACAAUAUUGUGUGUUUUAAAUCAGUUUACAAGCUAAUUUUAGUUUUAUUUAGUGUUAAUUUUAAAAAAAUUCUUAUGUUAUGAAUGAUGAAUCAGAUAUAUUAUUAUUUCUCCUUAU